AUGAAAACAAAUACGAAAGGUAAAGUAUGGAUAUCAACAGCCCAAUUUGAGUUCAUUUCAUUGGCCUUUCAACAAGAUUGGGAUGCAGAAAUAUUCAAUGGUGGUAUAUCCAUCAGAAUUCACUCCAAUGAUCUACCACGAUUUCAUCAAUAUGUUGAGAACAGGAACCCUUCCAGUGCAGAAGGUGAUGAUUUCAUCUGGGAUUUCUGGCAACAAGCCUUUGGCUGUGUAUUCCCACAUCGCAUUCUGGGUGAUGCCAAGGGGGAUAUCUGCACUGGGAAAGAGAGAGUGGAGAAUCUUCCUGCAUCUCUCUUUGAAAUGACAGUGCAAGGUCUAAGCUACAGCAUCUAUAAUGCUGUCCACACUGUUGUCCAUGCAUUGCAUGCCAUGUUCUUACAAAGACUCAGAUACCCAGGAAUGGUGGAUGGAAGGAGAGAGAAGCUUCAGAAGCAGCAGUUUUGGCAGCUCCAUCAUUUUCUGAGAGCUGUCUCAUUCAACAACAGUGCUGGAGACAUGGUGUCCUUCAAUCAGAAUGGGGAAGUAAUAUCUAGUCUGGACAUUAUCAACUGGGUUAUUUCCUCCAACCAGUCCUUUCAUAGGGUAAAAGUUGGGAGAAUGGAUCCUGAGGCUCCUCCAGACCAAGCCUUCACCCUUUAUGAAGAUGCCAUAAUAUGGCACAAAUGGUUUAAUCAGGCUCAGCCCCUUUCUGUCUGUACUGAGAAUUGUCACGCAGGAUCAAGGAAGAAAGUGAAGGAAGGAGAACCGUUUUGCUGCUAUGAUUGCAUCCCAUGCCCAGAGGGAAAGAUUUCAAUCCAGGAAGAUAUGAAUGACUGUGAUAAAUGCUCAGACAAAGACUAUCCAAGCAAGAACCAAGAUGCAUGUAUUCCCAAGGAUAUAAGCUUCUUGUCUUAUGAAGAACCUUUGGGCAUCAGUUUAGUCUGCUUUUCGCUUUCAUUUUCUCUGAUCACAGCUCUGGUGCUGGGUACAUUUGUGAAGCACCAUGACACUCCCAUAGUCAUUGCAAACAACAGGAACCUCACCUACACUCUCCUCAUUUCUCUCCUGCUCUGCUUCCUUUGUGCACUGCUCUUCCUGGGCCAACCAGAGAAGCUGACAUGUCUCCUCCGACAAACCGCUUUUGGCAUCAUCUUCUCAGUGGCUGUUUCUUGUGUAUUGGCAAAAACCAUUACUGUGGUUCUGGCUUUCAUGGCCACCAAACCUGGAUCCAGGAUGAGGAGAUGGGUGGGGAAGGGAUUGGCCAACACCAUUGUCCUUUGCUGCUCCUUCGUCCAAGCAGGGAUCUGUAUUGUGUGGCUAGCAAUCUUUCCCCCAUUUCCAGAUGUAGACAGUUACUCAGUGGCUAAAGAAAUUAUACUAGAAUGCAAUGAAGGGUCUGUGGUGAUGUUUUACGUUGUUCUGAGCUAUAUGGGCUUCCUGGCAAUUAUUAGUUUCAUUGUCGCUUUCCUGGCCAGGAAAUUACCUGACAGUUUCAAUGAAGCCAAGUUCAUCAGUUUCAGCAUGUUGGUCUUUUGCAGUGUUUGGCUAUCCUUUAUUCCAUCCUACCUGAGCACCAAGGGAAAAUACAUGGUUGCUGUGGAGAUCUUCUCUAUCUUAGCCUCUGGUGCUGGACUGCUGGGAUGCAUCUUUUCCCCUAAAUGUUAUAUUAUUGUGUUCAGGCCUCAGCUGAACAAGAGGGAGCAGCUAAUAAGGAAGUAA